AUGGAGCAGUCUAAUAAACAGCACCGUAAGGUGAAGGAAAAGAACACAGCGAAAAAGAAGCUGCACACGCAGGGCCAUAACGCAAAGGCCUUCGCUGUGGCAGCUCCAGGUAAGAUGGCUAGAACAAUGCAAAGAUCAAGUGACGUGAAUGAGAGGAAGCUUCACGUCCCCAUGGUUGAUCGUACUCCAGAUGAUGAUCCACCUCCAUUUAUCGUGGCCGUCGUGGGUCCUCCAGGAACAGGUAAAACUACUUUGAUCAAGUCCUUGGUAAGGAGAAUGACGAAAAGCACUUUAAAUGAUAUACAAGGCCCCAUAACUGUUGUUUCGGGUAAACAUAGAAGACUAACCUUUCUGGAAUGUCCUGCAGAUGACCUGAAUGCGAUGAUUGAUAUCGCCAAGAUUGCUGAUUUAGUUUUGUUGCUUAUUGAUGGUAAUUUUGGUUUUGAAAUGGAAACGAUGGAAUUCUUAAAUAUUGCUCAACACCACGGUAUGCCAAGGGUUCUUGGUGUAGCUACUCAUCUUGACUUAUUCAAAUCUCAGUCUACUUUGAGGGCGUCUAAGAAGAGAUUAAAGCAUAGAUUCUGGACAGAAGUUUAUCAAGGUGCAAAGUUAUUUUAUUUGUCUGGUGUAAUUAAUGGAAGAUAUCCUGAUAGAGAAAUUUUGAAUCUCUCCCGAUUCAUCUCUGUUAUGAAAUUUAGACCAUUAAAGUGGAGAAACGAACAUCCUUAUAUGUUAGCUGACAGGUUUACAGACUUAACUCAUCCUGAAUUACUUACGACUCGGGGACAGCAGAUCGAUCGUAGAAUUGCUCUCUAUGGUUAUUUACAUGGUACUCCCCUACCAUCUGCCCCCGGUACUAGGGUACAUAUUGCUGGUGUCGGCGACUUUUCAAUCACACAGGUUGAAAAGUUACCAGAUCCGUGCCCAACGCCUUUCUAUCAACAGAAACUGGAUGAUUUUGAACGUGAAAAGAUGAAGGAGGAAGCAAAGGCUAACGGAGAGAUUAAUACUGCCUCCACGACAAGAAGACGUAAAAGAUUGGAUGAUAAAGAUAAAUUGAUAUACGCACCAAUGUCCGAUGUUGGAGGCAUAUUGAUGGAUAAAGACGCUGUUUAUAUUGAUGUUGGGAAGGAAAACGAAAAUCUAAGCUUUGUUCCCGGCCAAGAGAGAGGUGAAGGUGAAAAACUUAUGACAGGUUUACAAAGUGUUGAACAAAGCAUUGCAGAAAAAUUUGAUGGCGUCGGCUUACAGCUGUUUAGUAAUGGUGCUGAACUUCAUGAAGUCACCGGGGAUGAUGCCCUAAACGUUGAAGAUGAAGAAGAUUUUAGUGAAGAUAAUGAGCAAAAAAGCAAGGGUAGAACCAGCCUAAGGCAACCAAGAAUCUAUGGUAAGUCAGUUCAGGAUGAGGAUGCGGAUAUUGAUAAUUUACCAAGUGAUGAAGAAGGUCACGCAAAUGAUGAGGACAUGGAAGGUUUUGAACCAAGAAUGGUUGAAAUUGAUUUCAACGGUGUCAAUGAACAGGGCUCCGAAAAAUUACCUCUGGAGACAGAUUCUGAAUUUGAAGAGAGUGAUGACGAGUAUUCCUGGCAAAGAACUGCGGCUAAUAAACUAAAAGAAAAUAGAGGUAGGAACAAAACCUGGAAUAUCGCCAAGUUGAUAUAUAUGGAUAACAUUUCACCUGAAGAAUGUAUAAGAAGAUGGAGGGGGGAGAACGAUGAUGGUGAACACGAAAGUGACAUUGAAGAUGAUGCCGACGAUGAAUUCUUUAAGAAAAGAGAUGGGACUAUCACCAAACAAGAUGUCAGAGAAGAUACCAUCGAUUUAGAAAGAUUUGCUCCUUUUUUCGAUACUUUUGAAAAGCUGGCAAAAAAAUGGAGCAGCGUUGAUGCAAUCAAGGACCGAUUCAUUGGUGGUAGCUUGGGCACUGAUACGACAAAGAAAGCUACUAACGGUGAUGGUGAAGAACUAUAUGGUGAUUUUGAAGACUUGGAAGGUGAAAACAAUUCUGAAAGCGCAGGAGGAAAUAGUGACGAAGAAAAUGGACAUGACGAUGACGAUGAAAACGAAGAUGCAGACGACAGUUCAUUUACCAAUUUUGAUGCGGAAGAAAAGAAGGAUCUGACCAUGGAGCAAGAAAGGGAAUUAAAUGCCACCAAGAAGGAAAAAUUACGUGCACAGUUCGAAAUGGAAGAAGGUGAGAACUUCAAAGAAGAUGACGAGAACAACGAAUACGAUACAUGGUAUGAACUACAAAAGGCCAAAAUUUCUAAGCAGUUAGAGAUUAACAAUAUAGAAUACCAAGAAAUGACCCCAGAACAACGUCAAAGAAUUGAAGGUUUCAAAGCUGGUUCUUAUGUACGUAUCGUUUUCGAAAAGGUUCCAAUGGAAUUUGUUAAAAACUUCAAUCCAAAGUUCCCCGUCGUUAUGGGAGGUUUAUUACCCACUGAAUUGAAAUUUGGUAUUGUCAAAGCCAGAUUGAGAAGACACCGUUGGCAUAAAAAGAUUUUAAAGACAAAUGAUCCAUUGGUCUUGUCCCUUGGUUGGAGGAGAUUUCAAACUUUGCCAAUUUACACAACAAGUGACUCUAGAACGAGAACAAGAAUGCUAAAAUAUACGCCAGAACAUACAUAUUGUAAUGCCGCCUUUUAUGGUCCUUUGUGCUCUCCAAACACACCAUUCUGUGGUGUUCAGAUAGUUGCUAAUAGUGAUACUGGGAACGGUUUCAGAAUUGCGGCAACAGGUAUUGUUGAAGAAAUAGAUGUCAACGUUGAAAUUGUCAAGAAAUUGAAAUUAGUAGGGUUUCCUUAUAAAGUGUUCAAAAACACAGCCUUCAUAAAGGACAUGUUCUCAAGUGCCAUGGAGGUCGCUAGAUUUGAAGGAGCGCAAAUAAAAACUGUCUCAGGUAUUCGUGGUGAAAUCAAGAGGGCCCUUUCAAAACCGGAGGGCCACUUUAGAGCAGCUUUUGAAGAUAAGAUUCUAAUGAGCGAUAUCGUAAUUUUAAGAUCUUGGUACCCUGUUCAGGUUAAAAGGUUCUAUAAUCCGGUCACUUCACUAUUGUUGAAGGAAAAAACUGAAUGGAAGGGUUUAAGAUUGACUGGUCAAAUAAGGGCUGCUAUGGAUUUGGAAACACCAUCAAACCCAGAUAGUGCGUACCAAAAAAUUGAACGUGUAGAAAGACACUUCAACGGUCUAAAAGUUCCGAGGGCUGUUCAAAAAGAUCUACCGUUCAAAUCUCAAAUUCAUCAAAUGAAACCGCAAAAGAAGAAGACUUAUAUGACUAAGAGAGCCGUGGUUUUAGGUGGCGAUGAAAAGAAGGCAAGAUCAUUCAUGCAAAAAGUGUUGACGAUCUCGAGAGCAAAAGACAAUAAGAGAAAGGAACAAAAGACUGUUCAGCGUAAGGAAAGACUGAAGAAGUUGGCUAAGAUGGAAGAAGAAAAGACGCAAAGGGAUAAAGAGAAGAAGAAAGAAUACUUCGCCAAGAAUGGUAAGAGGACAACCAUGGAUGGGGACGACGAGUCUCGUCCACGUAAGGUGAGGAGGUAG